AUGUUCAGCCAGGGCGGUACCAGUUUGUCGGCUCAUCAGGGACAGGGCAAUAAGCGACAGCGCACAGCAGCCAUGUAUUAUCGCAAACGGGCCGUGACAGCUUGCCAAUCUUGCAGACUGAGGAAGACUAAGUGCGACAAUGUUCGCCCAGUCUGUGGGUUCUGCUCUAGGAGCGGUGCUCAGUGUGUCUAUCCUGGCUCUGGGCCUGAUAGUGAUUACUCAAGUUACGACCCUGCGAGUUUGACCAUCCUGGAUCGACUUAACCAUGUUGUGUCUCUUCUCGAGUCUCGACCUCUAGCAGUACUAGUAAAUGAUUCAGGGUCCUACGACUCGCCGCAUGGAGCAUCUAAUUUAUCAGCAGGGCAUGCUAGUAUCACGCAGCCAUUGCGUGUUGCUCCAAUACACGCAUCGAGAGACUUGACUACUCUUGUUCCCGAAGAUGACGUACUUCAGGCCCUCGACCGCCCCGACUUUCCUUCAGAAUCUAACAACUGUGAGAGCAUCAUGCGGUGGCCUAUAUUUCAAGGCCUAGUGCCUGAAGUCCACUCCUUCGUUCUGGAGCUAGAUGAGGACAUAGAAGCAAGGUCUAGUGAUGCCCGGGGCGUCUCGGCUGGGAGAGGUGUUCAAGAGGAGGAUUUCAUUCCUCUCUCAAAACGGUUUCUUGCAUACGUGCAUGUGAAGAAUCCAAUUCUGGAUGUCAAGGAUUAUAAGAAGAAGGUCAGAGAAGCAGCUGAGAAUGGACCAAGAUGGGAUGGCGCGUCUUGUCUCGUUUUAAUAUCUUGCGCCAUAGCAUGUUUGUCGGUGCCAUUUCAUACGGAGGCAGAUGUUGACGGCUCUCCUGCCUCUACUCGCUCAUCGACAACCACGUUUGUGGACCCGGAUACCGCUGCAUCAUACUACCUGGCAGCAAAGAAAAGGCUAGGACUACUCCAGCCAUCACUCUUAUAUAUACAGUGCUUGUUCCUCUGUGGUAUAUACGAGAUGUACUGCCUUCACCCACUGCAAGCUUGGUUUCACUUCAAUCGGGCGUGCGUCGAUUUGCGAAACGUUCUGUGGACUCGCAGUCAGAAGAAGUCGAGCCAGGCAACCACACAGGAAACUCGCCGACUUGAACAGAGACUGUAUUGGUCUUGUGUCAAAACGGAAUAUGAAUUACGGUACGAAAUACCGUUGCCACCAAGCGGUAUCGCGCAGUGCGACUAUCCAGACAUGUUCCCUUCUCCACCAACAGAACUGACCUCUCCGUCGGCCUAUGAUCGGAGUGACAACUUUGACGAAGAUAUUGUUCCUGAAGAAGAGAAGAGCUGGUUCUACUACUUGGCAGAAAUCUCUUACAGGAGAAUGAUAAACCAAGCCAUGGCUGUGAUGGCCCGCAACGGAGAGCAAGGUUGGAGUGAUAAUAUCUCUGAAGCUAUGGAGCACUGCAGAGAGUUCAACGGACAGAUAGAUCUAUGGUAUUCACAUAUUCCCCCUCAGAUUGAUCCCAAGAACGCAGUCCACGCCAACAAUGAAUUGGCACAAUUUUUGAAGAACCGUGAACUAUCCUGUCGAGAAUGGAUUCACCGCCCAUUUCUCUUCUACAUACUUCACCAAUCACCAGAAGAUGAGUACUACUGUCGAGCUGUUCCACUUGCACAAAGGUGUCUGGAGUUACCACAAUCCGAGGCUGAUCGAGGCCAGCUUUACAAAUACCGGGCACUCGAGUCUCCACUCCAUAUUAGGCUAAUUCAUCUACUGCCUGGCAAUCCUGACGAAGAUAUUCGACUUCGAAUCUCACAUGAACUUUUGAGGAAACCAGAGCAACCCAGGUCACAGCGCCUAUCCUGGAAACAACUGCAAAGAACGCUGCCUUCGGGAUGGGAAGUCGUUGAAACCGUCGAAGGCAGAUUCGUCUUCAUGGGCGAGUCGGACGACGCAUCAAGUGAGGAAUCUGAGGAAAGUGAUGAAAGCAACGAGAGUGAUGAAGGAAGUGGGAAGAUUCAUACUUGGCAGCACCCAGACCCAACCAUAGACCCAGCACUGUACGAGCUCCCACCUCUAAAUCCCGCACAACCCGCCUUCGAAGCUCUAUCUUAUGUCUGGGGCCGGCAACGUGACUCUGUGGUAGCUACCAUCGAAGGAGAGACAGGUGAGUGCCUGGGAAACAUCAAGCUUGGGAAGAAUCUAGCUAGGGCACUCAGACACUUGAGAGACCAAGAUAAGGAGCGCGUGCUGUGGGUGGAUGCUAUCUGCAUCAACCAAAGCGACGAUGUCGAACGGGCCACUCAAGUUCUUCGGAUGUCAAGUAUCUAUCAGGACUGCAGUCGAGUUAUCAUCUGGAUCGGCCCUGAAAAGCACGACAUAAGGCUGCUCUUAUCUGAGCUGGCUCAUAUUGGAGCGCAGAUUGAGAAGACAACAAACGGUUUGAUAAUGUCAUCACCGGACACAACCGAUUUCGAUUGGUGGCAGAGCGCUGUACCAGUUUCCUUUUCCGACGAGGUGUGGUCAGCUAUGAAAAAGCUCGGUGAUCGAUCCUGGUUCCACCGUCUUUGGACCGUUCAGGAGGCUAUCAUGGCGAAUCGCGAUUCCAUAGUCCAGAGUGGCGACGCCAUUAUAUCAUGGUCUUUAUUCCGUCGUGCAGUUGCAUGCCUUCUGCAUAAAAACGAAAUGCCCAUGGCCCGAAUUUCUAUCAGUGUCAUGAGAAGCGUAGCGAAAAACCCGAUUGGAGCAACACUGGAACAUACUCUGGACGCAUAUCAAGGCCGGCUGUGUUCAGACUCUCACGACAAGAUAUAUGGAUUACUGGCUAUUCUUCCUCCGAGGUUUGCGGGUCAGAUCAAGCCAGACUAUGAGCAGCCUGUUGGCGAGCUAUACAAGUCCUGCUUUUUGGCUAGUACCAAGGCUCUUAACCGCUGGGAGCUGCGUGGCCGACCCCGAGACCCGGAUGAGGAUACUGCCCCCUCUUGGGUUCCUGAUCUUUCUGAGGCAGAUCCGUAUGGCCGGAGAGUAUCACACCACUAUGCCUCGGGUUGUUCUGCUUUACACUAUGAAUACCAAGCGCCCAACUUACUAAAGGUAGUUGGCAUACGAUUCGACACUGUGAAGUCUGUUUCUGAACAGACCUUUGAUCAUUGGGACGAUGGUGAGACAGCAAUUGGCUGUAUACGAUCCUGGGAACCUGAAUGUUCUCUCACAGACCCGUAUCCUGGUGGGGGCACCUAUUUGGAUGCUUUUGCGGUUACUUUUAUCCAAGACGGAAGAAUUGAACGACGUCCUGCCGAAGGAUUUUCCCUUGAUCAUGUCAAGGGAAGGUUCAAAAAUGAAUUUCUCUCGACAGCUACGACACCGGUGUCAAAGCUAACUCGCGGAGACAUGAUGGAAUACGUCAUCUGGACACGUUCUAAAGGUAGAGCAAUGGUCACAACUGAGAAAGGUAGUAUUGGGUUAGCCUGUACUUUCGCAAAGCCAGAUAACACCUGGAAGUUUCUGAGUGACUGCUUCGUAUGGGAUCUAGAAGCUACACAAGGCCUGCUAGGCCCACUUCCGUCCCCAUGGCAAGCCCAGCUAUUCUAUGAUCCCGUUGCCGAACAACGGUCUUACGCCCGCUAUCAUAACCCCGAAACAGGAGAGUUUACAGCAGAAGAUCCAAGGCUGGAACCUCUGGUAGGAUGGCAGCGCGUUUCAGUGGAGGAGUUAGGGCGAGACCUUACGGGCGAUGACCCGGAAGUGUAUGAUUUCUUCCGGAAUAUGGAUGAUGGUAGAAUCGUGGACUCUGAUCCAAGAGCAUCAGCGCUCUUCUAUGAUGGCUAA